AUGCUGCCGCCCAUCGAACAGUCGAUCCUCGACAACAAUCCCGACUUUGCAUCCCUCCACCACACCCUCACAACCGUCAUCCUCAACCCAGACGGUUCGACCAAGAACGAUGCCCUCCGCAAGGAGCGCGAAUCCGUUCAUAACGACCUCCGUGCCCACCGCAAAACCCACGCAAAGCACCACCUCCUAACCCACGCCCUCGCAACAGCAACACCACCCCCAGCCCCAGCACCAAAAGGCACAAUCGGCAAGUCCCGCCCCGCCGCCCAGCCGUCCUCCCUACCGCCGCCACUCCUCGACCUCCUCGUCCUGCUGCCCGCGCUCCUCGACCCGUCGGCGCCGCCCCUGACGCCCGCCGAAGCAGACACCCUCCUCGCCCACCCGCCCCUCUCCGACCUCCCGACCCUCCUGCCCGCGCUGGGUCCCCUCGUCGGCACAGCCCUGCACGCCGCCGCGACGUCCCUCGUGCGCGUCGCCCACCCCGACACGAACCCGAGCUUCCUCCACCGCGGCGUCCCCAAGCUCGCGCCCGCCGCCGUCGCCCUGCGCGCCGAGGUCCGCCGCGCCGCCGUCCAGACCGCCGCCGACCGCCUGCGCCUGGCCGAGGACGUGGCCGCGCUGCUCGCCGACGAGGCCCGCGCCGUCGGGCUGCUGGUACGCGCCCUCGAAGGCAAGCACGGCGUCGUGGCGCGGAGCCUCGAGCUGCGGGCUGCCGAGGUCGGGCUCGCGGCGCGCAGGGCCGAGGUCGAGGCGCGCAUGGUCGCCAAGGCUGUCGAGGACCAUGUGUACACGCCCGAGACGGUGUCUGCGCUGGCCAACUACGGCGUCCAUCUGCGGGAUGCGAGGGUCAGGGUCGAGGAGAGCAUUCGCCGGCUCGAGAUGGAGCUCGAGGCGUAUGGCGUGGGUGCGCAGAGGGGACAGGCGCAGGCGCAGGCGCAGGAGGGACGGAUGAGGGAGAUGGCGAGGGUGUACAGGGCCAUGGAGAGGGAGAUUGACGAGGUGAAGAAGGAUCUCAAGAGGCUGGGGAGGUGA